AUGACGGGGAAAGAUUCGGUAGUGCUGGUGGACAAAGACACGACCCCACAAAUUAUGGCCAACGCAGAGAAGGGCGUGACGGUUACGCUGGCUAACGUCGAAAGCCACCCAAACAAAGCGGCCGAACGUGGCAAGGCAAUGCGCCAGGUGAUAGCCGCAUUCAUAGCCAACAUGGGUACGAUCAACACCGGACUCAUCUUUGGCUUCUCGGCCGUGGUAAUUCCGCAGCUGCAGGCCCCGGAUUCGCUUAUCCCGGUCGACGAAAGUCAAUCAUCGUGGGUGGCGUCCUUAUCAGCGAUUGGAACCCCGAUCGGAUGUCUGCUGAGCGGAUACGUGAUGGACAACUUCGGACGCAAGAAAGCACUGAUAGCAACGCAAAUCCCGACGAUCAUUGGAUGGAUCAUCAUCGCUUGUGCGUCAAACGUGGGAAUGAUCUACGCUGGCCGCGUCCUGACUGGCUUCGGUUCCGGCAUGGUCGGUGCUCCGGCCCGUGUCUACACGUCUGAAGUAACCCAGCCACAUCUGCGCGGUAUGCUGUGUGCCCUCGCUUCGACCGGCAUCAGUUUGGGUGUGCUGAUCCAAUACACGCUCGGUGCGUUCACGACGUGGAAAUUCCUGUCUGGCGUAUCGGUGAUCGUCCCGAUAGCAGCGCUUAUAUUAAUGCUGCUUAUGCCGGAAACCCCCAACUAUCUCGUUUCGAAGCAGAAGCCCGAAAAAGCACGCCGAAGUUUGGCACGGUUGCGCGGUUCCAGCUACAACAUCGAUCGUGAGGUCGAACAGCUGCAAGCGUUCGCUGCCAAGACCAACGCUAGCGGCAAGAAGAAGCUCAGUUUGCGUGAAACGAUACUGGCUCUGGUACAUCCGUCCUGCCUGAAACCGUUCGCCAUCCUGACAAUCUACUUCAUGAUGUAUCAGUUUAGCGGCGUCAACACGAUAACGUUCUAUGCGGUUGAAAUCUUCCGAGACUCGGGAACGAAGCUGGACAAGAACACCUGCACCAUCCUGCUUGGCGUUGUACGGCUGAUUUUCACUAUUGUUGGUGCCAUUAUGCUGCGUCGUUGUGGCCGGCGUCCACUAACCUUCAUAUCUGGCAUCGGUUGUGGUGUCACAAUGAUUGGGCUCGGUGUCUAUCUGAAGUGCAAGCACGGCUGGGACCUGGCAGAUCCACCGAUCGAACCCACUGCCACAUGGUUCCCGGUUGCUUGCAUCUUCAUCUUCAUCAUCACGUGUACGCUUGGCUUUCUGAUCGUACCAUGGGUUAUGAUCGGCGAGCUGUACCCGAUGAAGGUGCGCGGAUUAGUUGGUGGUUUCACGACCUGCAUGGCACACAGCUUCGUGUUCAUUGUCGUCAAAACUUAUCCCUUUCUGACCCACGUGCUGGAACGCCACGGUACCUUCAUCCUGUACGGAUGCUUUUCCUUCGCCGGAACCGUCUUCUUCUAUCUUUGCUUGCCAGAAACUAAGGGAAAGACAUUGCAAGAGAUUGAAGACUACUUCUCAGGCCGUACCAAGACGCUUAAGAAAGCGAAACCGGGAAGCAACGAUCAGCAGGAUGGCCAGCAGCUUCUUGCCAACGGUACAAAGCCAUCGGUGCUUUCACCGCAAAAGAACGCAUUGCUUCCGUAA